AUGGCUGACCUAUCCACUUGUCUGCCCCUGACCCGCGACUCGGUCAUCGAGGCGCACAAGGUCAUCAAGCCUCAUGUCCACCUCACCCCCGUCAUGACCAACAAGACUUUGACUCAGUUGGCGUCCACCGCACGAGACCCGGCCUCGCUAGUGGGAACUCCCUGGGAGGGCCGCACGCCAGCUGCCCCAACCCUCCGUCUCUGGUUCAAGUGUGAGAAUCUGCAACGCAUCGGCGCCUUCAAGGCGCGCGGCGCUUUCCACGCCAUCGAGCGUCUCAAGCAGGAGCCGGGCUGGGUCGAGAACGGCGGCAAGUCGAAGGGCGUCGUCACCCACAGCUCCGGCAACCAUGCCCAGGCCCUCGCCCUGGCCGCCCGCGAGAGCGGCAUCCCCGCCCACAUCGUCAUGCCCUCCGUCUCCCUCCCCAACAAGAUCGCCGCCACCAAGGGCUACGGUGCCAAUGUCAUCUUCAGCGGCAGCACCAGUUCCGAGCGUGAGGCCGUGGCCGCCCAGGUCAUCGCCGACACCGGAGCCCGCCUCGUGCCGCCCUACGACCACCCUGACAUCAUGCUGGGCCAGGGCACCAUGGGCCUCGAGCUCCAGGAUCAGGUCCGCGAGCGGAAGGCGGGCGGGAAGGGGCUGGAUGCCAUCAUCACCCCCUGCGGCGGCGGCGGUAUGCUCUCCGGCGUCGCCCUGAGCUGCGAGGGCACCGGCAUACGCGUCUUCGGGGCCGAGCCCUCCUUUGACGGCGCAGACGACUGCCGCAGGGCCUUCGAGACGGGAAAGCGCAUCGAGUCGGUGAAGAGCCUGACCAUCGCCGACGGCUUGCGCACGCCGGUCGGCGAGCACCCCUGGCGUGUCAUCUACGAACGCAGGCUCGUCUCCGCCAUGUACGCCGUUACCGAGGACGAGAUUCGCAGUGCCACUCGACUGGUCCUGGAGCGCUUCAAGCUUGUUGUCGAGCCCAGCGCCGCCGUCCCCCUGGCCGUCGUGCUCUUCAACGAAGACUUCCGCGCCAUGGUCGAGAAGGAGGCCGGUCCCGAUGGAUGGGACCUGGGCAUUGUCUUCAGCGGCGGCAAUGUCUCCGUCGACGGCCUCGCCAACCUAUUUGCU